AUGGCCACUAAUAAACAGCCUGAAGGCGAAGACAAUAACACGAACGGCGGCCUUCUCAGGCGGUCAUGGACAGCAAUUUUUCCGUUCUCUUCAUCCGCGUUGGCGGCUCUCCCCGAAAACACCCAAAGGCCCGUGCGCUACACGAGAGAAGAUGAUAUUCCAGACGUGGACCACGACGUUGAUGGUCAAAGACCUACAAUCAGAGAUUACAAUGCCAUCAAUUCUGUACCGCCCCAGAUACGGGUACCGAAGAAAGUAGCGACGUCCCUGAAAAUUGAGGGAAAGGUAUGGUUUGCCAAUGAAAGGACAUGGAUAUCUUGGCUGAACCUUGCUGUGUUAUUGGGAACUUUGGCACUUGCCCUCUUCAAUGCGUCCAAAGACGUGGUGGCCCGGAGAUUCGCAUAUACUUAUGCCUUGAUUAGCAUUGCUGUUUUGGUCUAUGGUUUUGUGAUCUACCAGAAUAGGAUCACAAUGAUUCGCAAACGCGAUCCUGGGCAUUAUGACCACAUCGUUGGACCUGUCCUUAUCAGUGCACUUCUGUUCUUUGCAGUUUCGGCCAAUUUCGUAAUUCGAGUGCGCGAGCUACAAUCGAAAGAGGUCCCUAUUCCUGGUCUAGAAUAUCUAUUCUACAAUGCCAAUGCGCUCGCUAUGUCUGGCAGAGAUUCGUAG